UCUUGGUCGUGUUUACGCUUCAUAUUGUCUACAUUUAUUUGACUGACGGAACGAUUCUGCACAAACGUGAAGGGUCGAUCGUGGACACAUCGGAUGUAUUCUAGACUAAAUAUGACAAACCAUUAAAUGGGGUCUGAACAGAGUACACAGCCUCCAGCUGGAGCCCCGGGUAGCAGUAUAAAGUCACAGAGAGAUGAGGAUAUUCCUUAUACAUCCUUUUCCAUCAGUAAACCAAUAGAUGGGGAGCCAACGCGACAUUCUCCCCGGAACGUAGGUGGCCGACCACGCUCGUCGACGAAAGAUGGCAAAGAGGACACUCCAAAACAUAACAUUGUGGUGGUUGCCGAUGGUAAUGUGUCACCAAAAGACAAAGACCCCGAACUAACCAAACUUGAUGCUAUUCCUGUGUUUUAUCCGAUAAUGCGAGGGUCACUCAACAUACCAACCAGCUCGAGAGACCCUGACAUUCUUGACAAACUUGACCACCAGCAAAUCCUGCUAUUGUGUAUUCGCUACCAAGAACACCUGCGACAGUUGUCAGAAGCCGUCGCUUUUGAUCAGAACGCUCUUUGUGUACGCAUCAAAGAGAUUGACUGUGCCAUAAAUAUGCUUCUAAAGUUGAUGACGGAUAGACAGAAGAAAUACCAUAAGUAUGCUGAACAGUUUACAAGAUCCUCAGAGACACUGACUGUUCUAAAUAGGGUCAAGGACUCUAUGGACAAUAUCAUUCCUAAGAUGGAACGACUGAACCAACUCCUGCCAGCGGGGGAUCAACUGGAGCCUUUUAGUAUAUACAUGAAUACUCCAACCACAACAGCAUCCAACAAAUAGAUAAUAUUUCACUAGAACACUUCUUGAGUUGAUGACACCAUACAUGUUUAGAAACAAUGCUAGCAUUUCUAUUUUCAUUGGCUCAGAGCUUUUUGUUGUAUAUUUUGUAAAUUUUCAAGAUUUUGUCCCCCUUGUGACA